AUGGACCCAAACUCACACCUGAAUCAGAUGGCUCGUACUGUUUAUCCGUGUGCCGCUUGCAAGUUUCAGCGAAGAAAAUGUGGAGAUAAAUGCGUGCUUGCUCCUUAUUUUCCACCAAGCGAUCCUGACAAAUUCUUAGUUGUACACAAAUUAUUCAGAACAAGAAAUAUUGUUAAAAUCCUUCAGAUCGAAAUUACAACACAGAUUUUAUUUCAACAUCAUUUAUUUUUUGUGAAGGAUAUUCCGGCUGAGAAGAGAGAAGAUGCUGUAACGAGCCUGGUAUAUGAAGCAGGUACGAGAGUGAAUGAUCCAAUCUACGGUUGCACUGGCGCCAUUUGUCGAUUGCAGAAGCAAGUAUUAAAGAUUCAAUCAGAAUUGGCAGCCAGUAAAGUAGAGCUCCUCAAUACACAGAAUAAUCUUGCGUCUCUUGUCACUAGCUUUUGUAAUGCUGGUCGAGCAAAAACUACAUUGGGUGUAGUACAUCAGAGUGAUCCACAUAAUAAGGAUGAUCUGAAAGUUUUGCAAGACAUUGAGGAACCCUUUGGAUUAUGGGCGCCACUGUGA